CAAAGUAUCAUCACGCACGAUGCCUGCUCGACGCGUCACCAAGUUGGAGGCCAAGGCGUCGGCUGCCGCCGCUGCGGAGAAGCGCCACGAGCAGCUGGACGAGAUUCAGCUAUGGCUACCGUCUUUAGAGACAGCGUUGUCCUUGCUCGUUCUCCCGCGCGCUGCGUCCGCUUUGUUGAGUCCCAUCGCGGACUGUGACGAGACAUUCAACUACUGGGAGCCUCUGCACUACCUGCUCUAUCGCUUCGGUUUCCAGACAUGGGAAUAUUCUCCAGUCUACGCUCUCCGCUCCUACUUCUAUCUACUACUACACUACGCGGUGGUGAAGCUUACAGCCUUCGGUUCUACACUUGGACUGCUAGCAGACCAGAAGCUGCUACUGUUCUACGGUCUACGCGCCGCGUUGGGACUACUCUCAGCCUACGCAGAGGCGCUGUUCUACCGUUCUACCAGUCGUCGCUUCGGUCGCCGUACGGCGCGCUAUCUACUGUGCAUUCUACUCUUCAAUGCCGGUAUCUUCCACGCCAGCACGGCCUUCCUACCCAGCACCUUCACGAUGGUGCUGGUUAUGCUAUUCAGUAGCGCGUGGAUGGACAAGAACCACUAUUUAGCUCUCUUUUGGGGAGUUGUGGCUGUACUCUGUGGUUGGCCCUACGUCGGUGUACUCUUCAUCCCAUUCGCAGUCGAGACGCUCUACACUCGAGGACUUAUCAAGAGUAUCGUGGUCGGUGUGGCUAUUGGAGGAGCAGUGUUGGCUGUAGAAUUGGUAGUCAACUUCCACUACUAUCAGCGGUGGGUACUACCAGCUUGGAACAUUGUUGUGUACAAUGUUCUUAGCAACGAGACGGACUCGACGCUGUACGGCACGGAGCCACUGAGCUACUACCUGUUGAACCUGGCACUGAACUUCAACGUCGUGGCUCUAUUGGCUGCACCUGCAGCGCUGUUUGUAUUCGCGUUACCUGGUCACUAUGAAACGAGCAAGUUGCAGCUGUUGGCGUACUUGUCACCGAUGUACGUAUGGGUGACCAUCAUGUUCACUCAGGCACACAAGGAGGAGCGCUUCCUGUCUCCAGUUUACCCAUUAUUUUGUCUGGCUGCUGCCAUUACACCCAGUGCAGUGGUUUAUCGUAUCAAACGCUUCUUCAGUCAUGCACCUGCAGUGGGUAAUGGACUCACGAAGGUGUUGGUAGUUGGAAUACUGAGUAUCUACGCUCUACUCUCCGUUUCUCGGGUUGUCAGCAACGUCGUGAACUUCAGUGCUCCACUUCGUGUAUACCAGCAUUUGUAUGCUAAGGUAUUACCGAAUCCGGAGAGUGGCAUGCUGCUUGACGCUCCUAAUGCUGCUACGCCCACAGUGACGCUGUGUCUGUUGAAGGAAUGGUAUCGUUUUCCUACCAGCUUCUUCAUCCCGUCCAAUUCUACCAAAGUGGAGUUUGUCAAGUCUUCAUUCUCGGGUCUACUGCCUAAAGCUUUCGAGCAACACGAGAACGGCACUUCGAUUAUUCCCAGUGCUAUGAACAACCAGAACCGAGAGGAACCAAGUCGCUACGUACCGCUUGAAACUUGCGACUACGUGGUGGAUUUGAAUCUACCAGGACAACAGGAAAUUAAGUUCUGGGAGGAGCCCACAACGUGGGAACUCGUGCACUCGGAGCCGUUCCUCGAUGCAGAACGAUCUAAAUCGCCGUACCGAUCGUUCUACAUCCCCAUCCUCACUCCACAAUACGUUAAAUAUGCGGACUACGCAAUCUACAGACGCAAGAAAACUACAGCGAACUAGGAUGGUAGACUACUUCACCCACGGUACAGCACAGAUGAUUCCACGCUCAAUUUUGCCUUACAUUGCCACUCAUUAUUCAAAUUGGACUCCUCUCAACUCUAGCCUCGGUUGCCAUCACUUCUUACAGCUUCGAGUGGCUCAGCUCGAGUUUUGCGAUGGUGCGCAUGUGCACCUCAUCGGGUCCGUCGGCGAUACGCAGCGUGCGCAGAGCAGCGUACAAGUACGAU